AUGGCCACACAGAGCAGUAUCUUCAUUGGCGUUGUUGACUUGAACGGCAAUGAGGUCUUCCCUCAGCUUGAAGGAAUCGAGAAAUCUUUGGCGACUCGCACCUUCCAAGCAAUCCCGGGUAACAAGAUCAAGAUGUCCAUCCGCUUCCCAAACGAUGUCCAAUUGCAUGGCGCUGGAGGGUUCCGGACGACUAUUGCUAUUGGCCACAACGACGAACAAUUGAGCCAGGCUCAGACGUACUGGUAUGAUGCUGUUGAUAUCAAAAGCACGAAGAUCUCUCACGCUUGCUUCUACGUUUGGCCUGUUUCAAACCGCACCCAGAAGUCAUCGCCUGUCGAACAAAGUUUCACGAUGCCAGUCCCACAGCAAAACACCUUGAACGACGAUGACUUGAUGCAAUGUUACGAUAUUGCGCAUACUGGAUGUAUUGUUGUUUCUAUGACCCGUGCAAAUCUCGAUACAGGCCGCGCGGAGAACAGAAGCUCGGAUCAAACACCAUCCAAGACCGAGCCGUAUGCAGGAAUGCAGAUGGACUUUGGUGAAAGUCCGAAAGUUGUCUGUAAAGACUGGAUUGACACACUCCCCGGAGAUCAUGGCAAACCUCUCGUGUGGGUGUUUCGUAAUGAGAUGCCGUCUGAAAGCUCAGAUAUCGCCAUGAGGGCUGACAUCCGUGAGGAGCAGCGGGCRUCUGUUACGCCAAUCGAACAGGAGAACCACGGAGUUGUCUCCAUGAAUGGGGUCAGGCCUACGAUUCCGGAUGGCGAGGAUAAUCAGUCUCAUCGUGGUAACGACAACACCUCUGCGGAGAAAGACCUUGGAGAAAAUGGCCACACCAACCCCGAGAGACAUAGUACCGAGGAUUGGACCAUUGAAAGAGCUCUAGUCUCGGAUGAAGACAUCGAAGCGGCUCUAUGGGCCUCUCAUUGCGACUUUUUGAAGACCAAACACCCAAAAGAAUUUGAUGAGAUGAUGCGCGCUCUCGGCGAACAGCAGAGAAUCGAAUGGCUCAAAGAGCAUAUGCCGUUGGUCUUGGAAAGGGAGGCGCGAGGUCGAGCCGGACAGAUUCCGCGUAGGGGAUCCAGGGAAGAAAUGCAUGAAGUCGCACAGGCGAUGAUUAGAUCACGGGCCGACGUCCUGAAAAAGAAGGGGGGUGCGCCUCCUCAGGGUUGGUCAGAUGACGACGAAGGGAGCACAGAUCCCGAUCAUGGGUCUCAAGAUGGUGAUGUUGAUGAGAAGAAAGAUGAUGAUGUUGAUGAGGAGCUUCGAGUACAUCAGAGCCAGCGAGAUGCUGAWGAACUCGUGGCACGAUUCGAAAACACUCGCCUCAAUGAAGAGAAGCUCAAGCAAGAGUCGGAUGCAGAGGAGAAGCAGGAUGUAGAAGAUUAA